AUGGAUACGGUUGAGGUGCCAACCUCAGUCGCACGCAUAUCCGAGUGCAGAAGCCACCGCAAGGUCUUCUGGAGCAAACCGGUAAUUCUACUUAAACCAGUUCCAAAUCCACGCGCACCUUCUACGAGGCCUGGACCUUUGCUGGUAGACUUGGCUCAGGACAAGGAUCGAACUCAGCCACAGAACUGGUCAACCGGAAGAAAACUACUCAUCGUGCUGAUCCUCUGCUAUGUCACAUUUGUGGCCGCGUUCGCUAGCGCAGCCUUCUCCACAACGAUCCAAUCCCUGGAGCACGAGUUCCACAUCGAUGCCGAGACGGGCACGCUGGGGGCGACACUCGUGUUCACAACCGCGACGACGACCACCAAAGACGCCCAGAGCGUGCUGAUUACCCACUUCUUUGCUGGUCUAUUUUCUGCCAGUCCCGUCGCGACCGUCCCGGCGUGUUUCGCAGACCUUUACGACACCUAUCACUGUGGUAUGGCCUUGACAAUGUUCUCCAUGGCGGUCUUUGCAGGCCCGUUCACGUCGCCCCUUGUGGGUGGAUAUAUCAUCCUCAACCCAGACCUCGGAUGGCGAUGGACCAUGUACAUCGUCGCGAUCAUGGGAUUGUUUGGGACGAUUCUCCUGGUCAUAUUCCACCGCAAAAACUUCCCUCUCGUGAUUCUGGUGCACCAGGCGCGACGAUUGCGCAAGCAGACAGGUAUCUGGGAACUCCAUGCGUGCCACGAAGAACAGGAGCCAAGCCUCCAGGAGCUGGUCGCCCGGAACCUCGCCCGGCCGAUCCGCCUGCUCUUCACCCAACCCAUCGUCCUCCUCUUCACACUCUACAUGUCUUUCGUCUACGGCUUGAUGUAUGCGUUGCUGGGGGACUUCCCUGUUAUCUUCCAAACGAUCCAUGGUAUGAACAUGCAAAACGGGGGGGUUGCCUUCUAUUGCCCUAAUGAUCAGGGAACUCCUCGGCGGCGUAUAGGUGCUGUUCUCGCAACGCAGGUUUAA